GCAGCAGAAGUUAACUCUAAGAAAUGACUCUCCAUCUGUGACCCAACAUUUAAGACUGUUGAUAAGAGGCCAGGAUCAAGACUGCUUUCAGUUGCAAAGUAUAUUUGGAUCAGAAGAACGCUUAACUAGUAGUUGGGAACUCAAAAUCCGUCCCAAAGAAGACACUAACAUAUACUUGAUGUUUGCACCUACUCGAAUUACUUGCUUCUUUGCAAAGCUGGAAAUCAAACAGCUGGGGAUUCGAUCACAGCCAGGAAUUAAGUUUACUAUACCGCUGUCUGGAUAUGGAGGAACAAGCAAUAUAACUUUAGAAAACGUUAAGAAGCUGCCACAUUGUUACCUGGUAACACUGGAUGAAUCACUGCCUGCAAGGCCAAAGAAAGCUUCCUUCUGCAUAAGAAAUACAGGUUCGCGGGCUGCCUAUGUUAAAGCACUGUGCUUUGCAAGCCUAGAGACAAAAACAGUUAUGGAUCCUGAGGUAAUGAUGGUAUCUCCAGAGCAGUUUGUACUAAGAGAAGGAACACAGGAAGUGGUUACUGUAAGAUGGAAUCCAAUGGAAAAGGAAAAGAAUUUUCAUAAACGAAACACGUUGUUAUCAACAGUAUAUUUUUUUUGUGGAGAUGAAGUUUCUAGGCAGCAGUAUCGUAGAGCUAUAAUUUGUAACCCAGAGGUAGAAAAACAUAUAAUUCCAGAAAACAGUUUCUUGAGAAAUAUUGUAUUUCAUGAAGAAUUUAGAGGGGAGGAGCUUGUGACAGAAGUAUGUGAUAUCCCACGGGGGACAGAUGAUAUCUGUCUUUUCUACCUAAAUAUGCAAAAGGUUAUCCUUUCUGUGAUGAGAUAUUCCACUUCUGAUCAGGAUGGAUUUCAGCAGUCUUCGGGACAUCAUUUGGAAUCACAGAGAUUUGAGAACUCUGUCAGACACAUCAAUGCAACUUUGGAUGUUCUUCCUGUUAAAGGACCUCAGGGUCCUCCCAUACCUGUAAAAACUGAUAAUCUGGUCCAGAAUAAACCAGAUGUUCAACAGACUUGGGCUGUUAAACCUGAGUACUUGACAUUGACAUCUCCUUCUAUCAGUGGAACAGCGGAUACUGGACAUGUACAAAUCGUCAACAAUUCUGAUAGGAGGUUGGCAUUUGAGCUUUCAUGGCCUGCUCAUUGCCUUACUAUAACCCCACAGCACGGAGUUAUUGAACCAGAGAGCAGUACAGUAAUUCUGGUGAGUCCUAAUCCAUCACUUGCUACAAAGCCUUCAUUAAUCCCUUGGAGUGGCCUCAUCUGUAUAAUUUCUGAUAAUGGACAAAAGUUUAUUCAAGUGCAAAUUCGAGAGGCAGUUGCACAGGGUGCGUCUGGAGCACACUUUCCAUCUAGAAGUCCUGCUGUUCACGUGGCAAAACCUCUCUCAGUGCUCCCUCUAGCAAAAAUGGAAAUAAAAAGCAGAACCAUUGUUUUUCCUGGAACAAGACCUGGCCAAAGCUCAGAGAGUUACCUGGAAAUGGAGAAUAAAGGGAAUGAAAAUGUGAAGUGGCAUUUGUCAUCUUUUGCACCACCCUAUGCUAAAGAUGUGGAUGGAACUGGUUGUGUGUAUAGAGUUACUUACUCUGCUUUCAGAUGUUCCCGUUUUUCUGGUACUCUUGAAGCUCAUGGGCAAGAGAAGGUUGCUGUAAUCUUUCUACCUAGAGAUAAAGGAGAUUACUCCCAGUUCUGGGACAUUGAGUAUCACCCAGUUGAAAAACCGAGCUGGAAACAAAAAAUAACAUUUCAGUUUUCUGGAGUGGGUACUGAAAUGGAAAAUGAAGCUUCAAUUGUGACAGCUUUCCCAAGUGUCCUCACAAAAACUGAGCUUCCAGUUAGACCAGAAAUGAGGGUUUACUCUGAAGCAUCUACAAUUAGAGCAGGACAAAAUGAGGUAAUUCGAGGAGUAUAUGCACCAGAAGACCUGUACACUUUUCCCCCAACUGUAGUUGGGGAAUCACACACGUUAAAAGUCAACUUGCGGAAUAAUUCCUCUACAACACACUUGCUGCAAUUUGUAAGUCCCGGAGAGCCUUUCUACAUCAAGCACUCGAAAUACUCUCUAAGAUCCCAUCAUUAUAUCAAUGUACCAGUCCAGUUCAAGCCAAAGGCAGAAGGAAAAUUUGAAGGUGUCUUUGUUGUGCUGACGACCAAGUAUGGCUCAGUUUGUGUUCGGCUGUGUGGUAAAGCUAUUGCAAAAAAAUAG